CAUUUGUCUGCUGUUUGUAACUAUGUUUCAUUUUGUCAAAUAAUGGAGGAAAAAACGAGAAGAAAAGAAAAGAAAAAAAAACUAGAAAGAUAGUUCUUUAAAACAUUUUCUGUGAGCCGUGUGAGAAUUCGGUGAACAUUCCAUAACGUCUUUUAAUAAUGUUACCGUUGAUAGAGGUAGGGAAGAACUUCAUCAGAUUUGAAAUAAAUUUUACCUCUCGCCAACUCAAUGACUUCCUUAACAACUUCCAGAGGCGCCAAAUCAAUUUACACGUUCUUGUGUAAUUUUUUCUUUUUUUCAUGGUGGAAUAGUGUUUUUCCACAACAGCAUGGCGACCUGAGGACGCAGACGAUUAUCCAUAUAAACAGAUAUAUUUUGAAGACUAACUUAUUUCUUUGGGUUACUUAUGUUCUGUGAACUUCGUUUCUGAAAUUGCUGCAUUUUUUAAACAGUCAGACUAUUUUUAUUUUAUUUUAUUGAAUCUAACGUUUUAUUUUGGUUGUAUGCCUUGAUGUGUAACAGGUUUUAGUUUGUUCUCAAUUAAAUGAUUUCUUGUUCGUAAUUUGGAAUGAUAUCUAAUCGAAUCUGCUAUUUAUUUGAGUGAUAGAUAAUUUUUGUUCGAAUGAUAUCUACAAUUGAAUGAUACCCAAUAUCUGUUCGAAUGGUUUCUAAUAUUGAUUGAUAUCUAAUAUCUGUUCGAUUAAUGUCGAAUAUCUGUUUAAAUGAUAUCUAUAUUUUCGCUCUUAAUAGAUAAAAAAAAUCAAUAUUUUGAUAUUGUGUCAAUAUUCAUUAAGUAAAAUGAGUACAUGAUGCUUACAGAAAUUAUGGUUUAAAAUUGUGCUAAAUUUGAAUAUCCUUUAGAAUUAGAACGUUUUUGCUGCAUUUUGGGAAUUGGAAAUAGUUUUGGAAGUGAAAACAUUCACUUUUACUUAUAGAGGCGGCGGUUAGUUCUGAAUCUGGAAUUUUAAAAUAUCGAAUUGCUUAUUUCAAUCUCAAACUACUGAUUAGAUUAAAGAGUUCGAGCUAAGUGUUAACUAUAGCUAAAAAUGGACAUUAUAGCGCCAAUAUUUAUGUUUAGAUAGCGUUAUUUAUUUUGUGAAAAUUCAAUGUGAAAUAUAAAUACAUUAUGAAAUAUUCGAAAGCUGAUUAUAUCUUCUUAUGCUUCAUCUGGGCAAGAGCUGUGUUUAACUGUUAUGGCCUAGGUUAUCCGCAGAUAGUGGAAGAUAGCUCUUACAGCAAAAUCGCUUUACAGCAACUUCUACAGCUGUUUGGUUUGGAGAGAAACAAUACAGAACCAAAAUCUCAUCCACACCCACCACAGUACAUGUUAGAUUUGUACCGUGCUUUCUCCAAAGGUGAGAGAAGUGAAUACCAUUCCCGGCACCCCACUGCUAACACAAUACGAAGCUUUUUUGAAAAAGGUGAAUUUUCAGAUGAUCAUCAAUAUAAUUUUGAAAUCAUCAACGGUACAUUUAGUCACGAAGAGAUAAUAGCUGCAGAAUUUCAUUAUUUCUUUGAUAGACAAGCUUUCAGGGCUCAUCCAUCGUCUCAUAUCAUCCAGGUUUUACUUUAUGAAGUUUCAAAAAAUUCAAGCAGAAAUCUGUUAGAGGCCCGUUUGAUUAGUACUUAUUCACCAGGAUGGGAAGUUUUUAAAAUCACGUCUACAGUUAAAAAAUGGAGAAAUAGUACAACAUUAAAUCAAGGAUUUGUGAUUGAAACGUUGGAUUUGUCUGGACGAAUAUCAAGAACAAGAUCAGUUUCAGUCAACAAACCGAUACUCAUUGUUUUCAGCUUGGAUAGGAGGAGACUGAAAUCUUUCAUGACUUCUGCAGCAAGGUCAAAAAGUCCAAGAUUGCCAUCUGUUCCUUCAUUGGCAGAAAGAGAACAUAUUUUCGAGCCAUCGACUUCUAAUGAAAUAAGUUCGAGAAACACUAGGUCGACAAACGCAAACGAUAAAGAACUUUGUGCCAGACGUGAACUACGAGUCGACUUUGAAAAACUAGGCUGGUCGUCGUGGAUUAUUUCCCCAAAAUAUUAUGACGCAUAUGUGUGUUCUGGAGCGUGUGCUUUUCCCCUCGGCCAAAAUCAAAGACCAACAAAUCAUGCAACGGUUCAGAGCAUUGUUCACGAAUUGGGUCUUAUGCCUGGGAUCGAUGCACCUUGCUGCGUUCCAACCGAUCUGCAUUCGCUCAGUUUACUCUAUUUCGAUGAACAGAUGAACGUUGUGCUCAAGCAAUACGAAGAAAUGGUCGCUGUUGGAUGCGGAUGCCAAUAGACAGAAUACUUCCAUGUAAAUGUAGCAUAAUCGUUUCUCUUUGGAUAUAAUCGACGACCAAUAAACUAUACCAUAGUUCUAGACUAUUGUUGAGUAACUUGCUGCAAUGGCUGGUAUAACUUCCAUCUCCAAAUUUACUCUUUUCAUGAACGUUUUUCUCAAGCAUUACGAAGUAAUGGUCACCGUUGGAUGCAGCUGCCUGUAGACAGUCUACUUCAAUGUAAAUGUAGCAUGUGCGUUUCUCUUUGGACAGAAUCGACGACCAAUAAACUAUACCACAGUUCUAGACUAUUGUUGAGUAACUUGCUGCAAUGGCUGGUAUAACUUCCAUCUCCAAAUUUACUCUUUCCAUGAACGUUUUUCUCAAGCAUUACGAAGUAAUGGUCGCCGUUGGAUGCAGCUGCCUAUAGACAGUCUACUUCAAUGUAAAUGUACCAUAUGCCUUUCUCUUUGGACAGAAUCGACGACCAAUGAACUAUACCACAGUUCUAGAGCAUUAUCCAGUACCUUAAUGCAAUGGCUGCCAUAACUCUAAAUUUACUCGAUUUUUAUGAACUUUGUUCUCAAGCAUUACGAAGUAAUGGUUGCCAUAGGUUACUUUUCCAGUAUACAGACUGCUGUAACAGGAAUAAUGAUAAAACAUUUUUUCCUACAUUUAGCAUCAGCAAUAUUGUUAUCUACUUUGUAUACUUGUCGACUGAUGUUAUUGUUUUUUAAGUUGUUAUUCCACAAUAAAACGACUUAUUAAAUUAAAAUAUUGUAAAGAAAGCUGA